AUGAUAAUCGAUCGAUUUCUUUGUUUUUAUUGUUAUAUAUAUCUAUUGUUUCCAUUAACAAUUUAUAGUUCGAUUGAUUCAAAUUUAUCAGCUGAAGAAACACGUUUAAUACGUGUACUUCUAAAUGAAUCAACUUAUUUGAGAAAAGUUCGUCCAUCAAAUAAAGUUAUUGUUGAUAUUCGUGUUGUAUUCAAUCAAAUUAUAUCAAUGGUAGAAAAAGAACAAAUUAUUGUUACAAAUUGUUUUGUUGAUCAAAAAUGGACAGAUCCUCGUCUUAUUUGGAAUCCAUUCGACUAUAAAAAUAUUACUUGGAUACGAAUGUCAGCAACAUCUCUUUGGUAUCCGGAUACAUUUUUAUAUAAUACUGCUGAUAAUGCUGGAUUUCUUCUUCCACAAGAUACACAAAAUAUGAUUGUUAGUUAUAAUGGAACUGUUUUUUGGCCAUUACCUCUUGCACAAUUACGUACACGUUGUCGAAUGACGAUUAAACACUUUCCUUUCGAUGAACAAAUGUGUGAUAUGAUCUUCGGUUCAUGGAGUCAUACGAGUUCUUUAAUUCAUUAUCAAUUCUGGGAAAAUAAACCUGAAGUACCACAAUAUACACCAAAUAAUGAAUGGAAAUUAUUAGCUGUAACACAAUCAAUUAAAACAGUUGACUAUCCGAAUUGGGUUGAACCAGAUACAUUUUUUGAAGUUAAUUUUACAAUUUUAAUUGUACGUAAACCUUUACAAGCUAUUUAUAAUACUGUUGUACCGGCAUUAAUGUUAACUACUUUAACACUUGUUUCAUUUUUUAUUCCUUUUGCCCAAGAAAUGCAAAUAGGUAUUAGUAUUAUGUUAGCUUAUUCAGUGUUCAGUUUACGUUUAUCCGAAGAUGUACCAUCUCAAAGUGAUAGUGUACAUUUAAUCAGUCUUUAUUUAACUAUCUGUAUGCUCUUCUCGCUAGCAGCUAUGACUUGGUUUGCACUUGUAAAUAAAUUACGCGAAAAGAAACGUUUACCAUAUUUUUUACGAUGGUUAGCACUUGAUUACAUAUGUUGGAUUGUAUGUGCGACAAGUAUGCAUCGAAAAGCAGUACGAGCUGUUAAACAAGAACAAUCAAAAACAUCUCCUAUGACACCAUCAACUCCAGUUACAAUUCCAUUACAACAAUUAACAGGAGUAAAUCAGAUGGAAUAUUCUGAUAGUUAUUAUUUCGAACCAGAUUCUUUAUCAGCUGAAGGUUCACCCAAACUUCCACUUCUUGUACCGAGAAGUCCACCAAGAUCACACCUUGAACACGUAGCUCAACCGGUAGCAACUACUCAAUUACAUACAUCUCCUACAAAAGAUACAUUAUGUCCAAUGACAAAUUCACCUUCAUCAGUAUGGGUUCCACGACGAUCAACAAAUCUUCCAUUAUCUUCAUCAACAAAUGGACCAAUGUUUAAACGAACAAGUCGUAUUUCUAAAACAUCGGUACAAUCUCGUUCAACUAAACCAGUACAUAGUCAUACCGAAAUAAAAAAUAAAGAAAGUUUAUAUGCUAUACAUAUUUAUAAUCGAUUAGUUUUUCUAAUAUUUUUUCUUACUGUUAUUGGUAUUAAUAUUUAUACAUGGUUUUUUUAUUCAAAAACCGUUCGAACAAAAUUAUUUGAUGAAAGAACGCCAUGGUCAUGUUAUGAUGAAUCUAUUCUUGAAAUUGUUAAUUGUACAGAUCAUCCUCAUUGA